AUGGAGCCCCAAUUCGAGUCACCCCCAGCGAGAAUCACGCCCAAGUUCUCACGAUAUAAAUCCGUGCGCCGUGCUGCUGCUGCGGAUGCAGAGAGACAAGCCCAAGAGGAGAGCGCAAAGUGUGCUCCUCCAAUGCUUGCUGCGAAAGCACAGAGCGACACAAUUGCACGGAGCAUGUCUCGAUACCGUCGCCAUAGGACUGCACCGACCGGUCCUGCUGCCAUAGACACUCCCCCGAUGCCAGCGCUGCCAACAGCAAGCCAGACCUCCGCGAAGCCGCGCCCAGAGGGAGCGGCACGGAACGAGAUCGGCGAGACGGCGACACGUGGAAAUAAUCGAGGUGUUGAAGCGCGCAUCGAUCAAGCUGACGACGAAGAAUUGUCCGAGGUCGAGAAAGCCAGGAUGAGGGAGGAAGCCAUGAGGGCGCUGACAAUGGCGGAAAGGCCCAGAGCGGCUUCACGUGCACCAGCAAUACAACAGCACCUGAAACAGAAGGCGCCAGACAUGGAGAAACGGCAAGAACUGAAACAAUCCGAUAUACAAUCAGCCAAUGCACACAAGCGAGCUUCCUGGAAAGACAAGUUUGGGUUUUCACGACACAAAGCAUCUGCAGAUCAUGCUCGCUCCCACGACAAGCCUGGCCCAGAAGCCACACAGGGCAACGCCGAGCCUCUUUUCCCUGGCAUUGACGCUCCUCUUUCCGCUGUCAAUGCUGGUGAAAGGCGAGUGCUGAUAAAACACAAUUCUACCUCCAUACAUCUGCCAGUGCUGCCAACCACUCGUGUGAAGGAUCUUGUUUACUCUGCCACAAACUUGUUUUCUGCAAACAUUGAUUCAAAAACUGCCAUCAUGCUCGAGUCAUUCUCUUCGCUAGGUCUCGAGCGACCGCUCCGACGAUACGAGCAUGUUCGCGAUGUUAUGAAUUCUUGGACAGUCGAAGAUGCAAACGCGCUUGUUAUUUCAGAGUCGCCAUACGAAGGGGCCAGUGAUAGGUUGGAGCUUAAAGCGGCGCCAGCAACUCAACCAAGUGAUGCUACAUUUUAUCUUUACUAUUCAUCAAAGCCUGGCAAAUGGGACAAACGCUAUGUGACUCUGCGUACUGAUGGACAGGUGGUUAUCUCCAAGAAAUCAGACCCGAAAGAAGCCAAGGAUUACAGCAAUAUCUGCCAUAUAUCGGACUUUGACAUUUACACACCCACCAAUCGCCAGCUUUCCAAGAAACUACGUCCACCAAAGAAGAUAUGCUUUGCCAUCAAGAGCCAGCAGAAGUCCUCGCUGUUUGUUUCCACCGAAAACUUUGUGCACUUUUUUGCGACGAGCGAUGCCCAGUUGGCGCAAAACUGGUACGAUGCAGUGCAUGGUUGGCGAUGUUGGUACCUUGUCCAUGUCGUUAAACUGAGCGAGAAACACCAAGAGACAGUCAAGUCUAGUGCAAUGCCUGGAGAUGAACACGGCCAGCUGCGUCACCGCCAUCACAUGUCGACUGACUCCGCCCCUUAUCAAUUGGGCUCGUUCAAACCAUUGGUAGAAUUUGGCCGCAACGCGGAGUCUGAUGUUGAAAUGUCUGACAAACGCAGCGUUGAGUAUAAUGGUUCUGGCAAUUCGAGGGACAUGUUUUUACGCAAGAAGAAAACCCGAGAUCACGCACCGCCGCCUACCUCGUAUUCUUCUACUCUUACAAAACUUGACACUGGAAAUGGUUCCAUCUCGGAACAAGACGACGGCUCCACCUUUUCACCGGACAGUCUCCUCGGUAGGGUCUACAGUCAACGACAAGCUGCCCAGCGUGAGCGCGAAGCGAAAGAAAACGAGGCUUUCAUGUCUCAGGGACUUCUGAACAAUCUGAGCCCAUCAACUUCAAACCCUUCAUCUCACAGCAUGCCAUUUAGUAACCCUUCGACUCGCCACAACAAUGGUCGCUCGAAUACUGUGCCCUCUCACCACCACCCUGAAGACGUCUCGCACAGCCGAUCAAACUCGGUUCGCCAGAAGCCAAAACCACUAGUUGAUCUGACACCUGUCUACCGAGAGCCCCCUCAGCAUGCGCGAAAGGGACACGGGGUCAAGAUUGGGCCAGGAAUGCCGCUGGUGGAAGCUGCUACAGGCCUUGAACCGAUCCCUGGAGUGCCCGAUAUCCCAUCAGCAACUACAUGGAGACGAGAGCAAGCCCAGCCGGUUACAGCUAACGAGUCAUCCGCUGCUUCGAUUAUUUCACGCCGCGCAAACACCAUCAGAAGCCCACAACACGGUGAGAUGAUCAACUCGCCGAAUUUCCCAUUCAUGCCGAAUGGACUGGUAGCUCUCUCGGGAAACAGCCCAGCCACUGGACAGGCAAAUAUCGAAGUUGGUCGUGGUAUUGCUACUGGUGACCGCCAUACUACUCGUCCUCUCCUAGACAUGACGCCCGCAAGUCAAUUUGCCGAGGGAAGCUUAUUGCACAACAUAGAGAGGGGCAUGUAA